AUGCCUCCUCCUGAUGCCGACCUCUUUCCCGAAGCCUCGGGCACGGCCAAACCUUUGGUCGACCAGCAUAGAGUAACUAGGGCAACCACUCAAACUCGUGUUUGGGUCGCCCUUGAAGAAAAGCAAAUCCCAUAUGAGUACAUUGAAGUCAACCCCUACAACAAACCAGACUCACUUCUCUCCUUGAACCCGAAAGGUCUUAUUCCAACACUCCCAUGUCCUACCCAGCAAGGCCACAAACCACUCUAUGAAUCCACCGUGGUUUUGGAGUAUUUAGAGGAAGCAAACCCCGACAAUCAACCACACCUUCUCCCGCAAGAUCCAUAUGAAAGAGCCCGAGCAAGAAUUUGGAUCGAUUGUGUGACUUCUAAGAUCAUUCCAUCAUUCCACCGCUUCUUACAGUAUCAACCUCAAAAUGACGAGGAGAAAGAGGCAGGACUAGCAAAAGUUCGAGAUGAAUUUGUUAACCACAUGAAAGUCUGGACAAAGAGAUGCAUGCAGAAGGACCUUUCUUCCUUGGCUCUGAGAUGGCAUUUCCGGAUAUUAUGUUAG